GAGCGGUAUGUGAGACGUAAGAGCGAAGAGAUUCAUUUAGUGAUAACACUAACCUGGUAGGUUCAUAUCGGCGAGACCAGACCCAUCGGUCCUCACUCAGUCCUGCUUAGCUACCUGAAACAUCACACAGUUUCCAUAGCCAAACAAACCGGUAUUUUUUUCGGUAGGAUGAGCAACAUGGGGAAAAGAAGGAAUGCUGGAUGUGACUUGAAAGGUGUUCUGAAAAACAAUUGGCUGCUCAUUGCUACAGUUGUGUCAGUGGUGUCAGGCAUUGCACUGGGAGUGGUGGUCAGGGAGUAUGCCCACCUCUCCCAACUCCACAAGUUCUACUUUGGUUUUCCUGGGGAGAUCUUAAUGAGGAUGCUCAAGUUGAUCAUCCUCCCCCUCAUCAUAUCCAGCAUGAUCACAGGAGUAGCUGCCCUCGACUCUGAGGUGUCGGGGAAGAUCGGCCUGCGCGCUGUCAUAUACUACUUUUCCACCACCAUCAUUGCUGUCGUCCUGGGCAUCGUUCUGGUGAUAACCAUCCAACCGGGAGUCUCUCACAGCACAGAGGAGAUCGACCGCACGGGGUCCACCCCUGACGUCUCCACCGCGGACGCCAUGUUGGACCUGAUCAGGAAUAUGUUUCCAGAGAACUUGGUACAAGCCUGCUUUCAACAGUACAAGACACAGCGUAAAGAGAUCAAGGCCCCAGGGAACGCCACAGAACCUCAAAAUGUUACAUCAUCAUUAACACGGUUCACCACUGUUUUUCCAACUAUCAAUCCUAAGAAUGUAACAAAGGAUUACACCGUGGUUGGUUCGUACUCUGACGGCAUCAACAUUUUGGGCAUCAUCAUCUUCUGUCUGGUGUUUGGUCUGGUCAUUGGUCAAAUGGGAGAGAAGGGGCGAAUCUUAAUCGAGUUCUUCAACGCCUUAAACGAGGCCACAAUGAAAAUAGUCCAUAUCAUGAUGUGUUACAUGCCAAUCGGAAUACUGUUUCUCAUUGCUGCCAAGAUCAUUGAAGUGGAGGACUGGGAUAUCUUUCGAAAGCUGGGACUUUAUAUGGUGACAGUUUUAAGUGGGUUGGCUAUUCACGGGACGAUUGUCCUUCCUCUCCUGUACUUUGCAUUUGUGAGGAAAAACCCCUUCAGGUUUAUCUGGGGGAUGACCCAGGCUCUCCUCACUGCUCUCAUGAUCUCAUCCAGCUCUGCCACUCUGCCUGUCACGUUCCGCUGUGUGGAGGAGAACAACCAUGUGGACAAGAGGAUCACGCGGUUUGUUCUGCCCGUGGGAGCCACCAUCAACAUGGACGGCACGGCUCUUUAUGAGGCCGUGGCGGCCAUCUUUAUCGCUCAGCUCAACAACUACCCCUUAGACGUGGGUCAGAUAGUCACCAUCAGUGUCACCGCCACACUAGCAAGUAUAGGAGCUGCCGGAGUCCCCAACGCCGGCUUGGUUACCAUGGUUAUCGUCCUGACUGCAGUGGGUCUACCUGCUGAUGAUGUCACACUCAUUAUUGCUGUGGAUUGGCUUCUGGACCGCUUCCGUACAAUGAUCAACGUGCUUGGAGAUGCGUUCGGCGCUGGAAUCAUCGAGAAACUCUCAAAGAGGGAACUGGAGAAGAUGGACCAGGGUUUAUCAGAUACGGAGCUUUUUAACCCUUUCCCUCCUGAAAUAGCCACGAUCCUGGAGGAAGACGACGCCUACGUCAAUGGGGUGUUUGUAGUGGAGAAGAGCGAUGUCAUAUCCUUAACACAGCUGUAGAUAAAGAGGAGGUGAAAACAGCCUGGUCGCCCAACGGAGUGUCUUAGGAGAACAGAGAGGCUAGGCGAUGUGUUCCGGGGUCAAGCCGAUCCUGGAGCAGCACUUGCACUGCUCACACCUGAGCCUGAGCCAAGCUCUGCGCUUUGUUGCUGUCAGUUUUAAUUUGAAUGUUUGUUUUGAAGCCAGUUAUUAUUUUGUAUGCAGAUAUGGAUGUUUUGUAGCCACGUUUCCAUUUUCCUUUUAAUCAAUAGUUGUGAGAAUUCAACAGUGCCUUUAAAAGCCACUAUGUUGUUGCACAGUGAACACUGUGAUGUAAACAUAAUAUUUAAAGAUAAAGGAAAUCAGCUUUAAAAAUAGAUAUAUUUUUAUGCAAUAGUUUAGCAUGACAAGUACAUGCAUGAGGUUCCAAGAACGAUCAAAUAACUGAUACAGUUUUGUCUCACAACUGUAUGCUUACGAUUUAAAAUGUUGACCUCCUUUAGUUUCAACAAUGGGUCCGAGCACUUCUAGGAACACGAAUGUGGGGGUCACCACAGGCCCAAUAUCUUAUACGUAAUCUGAUUUGAAACACAGAUGAAUACAAAUUGUCCAUGCAUGUCCCUGCCAUAUUGUACAGAUAUCAGCAAUUGCUGCUUGAUUAUGCAUUGCAUGGGUUUGAUUACCGUUUGUGUUUUACCAAUUAAAAUAAAAACAAGCUUCGGUAUCAUC